ACACCAGUGAGAAAAUGUGAGGUAUUUUACGUUUGGUGGAAGCAAAUAUCUCAUGUUGUUCUAAAUAGGGUGUUUCGGAAGAAGCUUUUCAGUAUGUUAAGUCACACGGAUGUUUGGUAUUAGUAACAUGAUAGUAUGCAAUUUUAAAUAGAUACUGUGAUUAUUCUUGCAGAAAAGUACAGAUGUGCAACUGAUACCUUAGGCAGAUACAUCAGAGAGUUGCUUUGAAGUUGUUAAAAUGGAAAGGUCAGGUGCAGAGCAACCAUCUGCAUCCUCAAGAAGAGUCAUUGGACAGGCCAUGAACAGAGACCUAGCAGAGGAGACUGUGCUUUCAGAAGCUACAGACACUGUACAGCCAGAGGAGGGCUGCAAGCAGCAGUUUUCUUUGGAGCAGUCAGCUCUGAAGGAACAGGAACAGUCAAGUUUAGCACAGUGUGAGUUACCUGGCGAAGGACCAGGCAAUCAUGAAGUUGUUGAAAAUAACCAGCAAGAUGUAUUUGAUCCAGAUCCUCUGUGCAGCACAUCAUUGGAGAGUGCAUCUCCUGUUACCAAUGGGACUUACUCUACUUUAGUUGAAUUAAGAAAUUCAGAAGGAGAUGAAGAACCAUUUAAAAACUCAAUACUAUCAGAGAAUACAAGAAGUGAGACAGUAACAGGAAGUGUGAUUGAAAACGAUGAAGCUCUUUGGAAGACGUUGGCUAACUUUGAUGAAACUAUCCAGUCUGAGAAGUUAUGUCUUGAUGAGGAACACUUUCCUGGGAAAGCAGUUCAACAGGUUUACCACAUGCCUGACAUAAUAACCGUCAGAGUACAAACAGAUUCUGAUUCAUUCCAAGAUAUAGUUGUAAAAAUUGAAAGACCUAUGUAUCAGAAACCAUUUCUGGGUGGAUUUAAGAACAGGAUAACAGGAGUGGAAUUUCAUAAUGCAGGAUCCCAAACAAUACCCAAAAAACGACCUGACAAGGGAAUUCAGUUAUUUUGUAGGGAAACGCAGACAGUUUUUGAAAAAAAUAAACCACAGCAAACAAAGAAUACAAUGUCAACACAGAUGACUAAAGUUGGCCUGUAUGUGUCAAACAGGACUGACAAAAUAAUAAUUCCUGGAAAGUAUCUUACAGCAGAAGAAUACCAUAAACGUAGACUUGAAGCAGUAAUAGUAUUACAGACAUAUUUCCGCCGUUGGUAUGCUAUAAAGAUAGUUAAAAAUCUGAGGGAAGAAAGGAGGUUAAGGCUGGUGUGGGAGGCACAAGAAGAGUUGCGGAGAGAAAAGGAGAAAGAAGAAAAACUGAGAAGGGAGCAUGAACGAAGACUGAACCCUAAAACAAAAGAAGAUUUUGAACUACUGUACCAUGCUUUAGAAUUAUGGAGGCAGGAGGAGACUGAACGGAUUGACAGAACUCUCACUGGAGCUGAAAGAAAGGCAGCAUUUUGUGGACUUCUGGAACAAGAGACACAGCUGAUUUCUUCCAUUGGGAGACAUAAACUAAAUGCAGAUGAGGAGAAUCAACAAAAAGCAAUACUCCACUUUCUAUGUAAGUGUGCACAGCCUAAGAGAUGGAAAGCAUAUGAUGGAAAAAUCACUGAAAUGGAUACACAGUACACACUGUGUGCCAGAGAACUGUUAGAAAUCUACCGCAGCAUUAGCAUGAAUGACAUCCCAAAAGACGAGAGGAUCGAUGUGCUGUUAACACUCAAAUGUACAGUGAAGAAACAUGAAUGCAAAUUAACACAGGAAAUAGUGGAACUAAUUGACAGGGAAGUUGAUCUUAUGUCGAGAGAGGUCAAAGAAUGCAACUUAGAAGGACUGAGGAAAAGAAUUUGUACAUUAUUUCUUCAGUAUAUUAAAACUCCAAAGUUUAACCCUGAAGUUGCUAGGGUACUUAAGGUUCCACCAGAUCCCUUAAAGCUUUAUAGAAAUGUUAACUUCUGUCAUAGUUGUGAAAAUCACCUGCCAUCCACGGAGUUUCCGUUUCUUGCUAAUUCCCGCACUGCUGGCAGAUGUCACUCCUGCUGCAAGCUUGAUAACGAGGCUCUGCGACGAGAAUCAUUUCUGAAGUACAAACUUAUUCUAAAAAAUCUCAGAAAGUCUGAAGCUGAUUAUCAGGAUGAUGCUAAAAUUGUUUUCUUAGUUCAGCAUCAAGAUCUGCAGUACAUGAUUGAGAACAUAUGGGGCUGCCAGUCAGCCAUCAGUGCCUGCAGUGACCUCUAUGACUUGGUUCUGGUCAGAUGGGAUAAGCAACAUGAGUGGUCUCCGUGGAACACUAUUCUCCUUACUGAAGAUGAAGCAGAUGCACAUCUUAAGCUGAGCAGCCUUGAGAAGGCUUAUGAAGCACCAUUUAUUCACAGAAUAAACCAUAAGCAUAUUCAGGCAAAAAACUACUUUGCUCAGAUUCCAGCAAUGGCUCCAUUUUUACAUCGGAGUGACAAUCAGGCUAGUCCAAAUGAAUUUUUAACAACUACUCCUAUCCCUGUGGGUACAAAACCAUAAUUCUUAGGCAAAGUUAACUGAAGUUAAAGAAGUUAACCAAAUUAUUGAUUCAUACAACUUCCUUGCUUUAAAAUAUAUAUGCUUUUACAUCACUACCUUAAUUGUAUUACACAGAUAAAAAUAAACUUCUGAGGAUAAAAUAAUUGGGCCUUGACCAGGCAAUAUAACUGCAUUUCAUGUUUUGUAAACUUAUUUAAAAAGCUUAAUGUUGUUGAUGAACUUUGUAGAUACUAAAUUUUUUGAGCAACAACUGUCUUUCUGUGUAUGCCUCUGUUGCUUGGAACAUUCUGUCUGUAGUGUUAAAUUCCUGUUGGAGAAAUUUAGCUAAUUCUUUGUCAGCUUUUAAUUAAAAAAUAGUACUAUACUACCAUAUUAAGCAUAUAGGCAGAAAACCUCUCAAAUCAUAAAUUCCUAUGGAACAACAGAAUUAAUAUGCCCUUCCAAAUAUACCUGUUCUACUCUACAAACAUUUGUGAAAAAGAAUAACUUUACCUUUUAGAGUAAAGUUGAUUAUAUUGGAACUACCAGCAUGUAAUCAUUGGAUCCAAGAUCUUGAAAUUAAUGUAAUAAUUUUAAAUACACAGUGCAGACAGUUUGGAACAUGUUUAUGUUUUUGAGGAGCUUGCAUUAUUUAAAGUAGAAGUAAGUUUUUUCCAUAAACUUAGUUAUGUUUACAUUUUAU